UACAGGAAGAGCAGAAGAGAGACUCAAUUGCCGAUUGUACGGACUAAGCAGAAUGGAUCAGGCUAACGGAAGCAGAAGUGAUAGAUACGAACCUCAGCCUCCACCUUACAACCCUUAUGAUGAUGGGCGGAUUUCAUACACCGGAAAGACCUAUCAGGUGGGCAAGGGUGGCAUCACAGUGGUGACCCCUCCUGGCUCCUAUGACAACAUGGUCCACUUAGAAGGACAAGCAGCAGCAGUUGGUCCAGCUCCACCCAACUAUUCUCCCGGCAUGGAGGACAGUGUUUUUGCAGACGGUGCCAUUCGAAGAGGUUUCAUAAGGAAAGUCUACCUGACCUUGAUGAUUCAGCUGCUGGUGACUGUCGGGAUCAUCUCCGCAUUUCUUUACUGGGAUGCUCUGAAGGAAUGGACGAGGACCAACAGCUGGUUCACCUACGCCAUGAUGCCAAUGGUGAUGGUCCUCCUUGUGCUGUUGUCCUGCUGUGACAACAUCCGCCGCCGCGUCCCCCUCAAUUUCAUCACCCUGGGAGUGUUUACUAUUGCAGAGGGUCUAAUGCUGGGGUCCUUAGCAGUGUUCUACUCAGCCGAAGCCGUUCUGUGGGCCGUAGGGGCGACUGCGCUGGUGUCCUUUUCCCUGAGUGUGUUUGCAAUGCAGUCAAAGUGGGACUUCACCAUGGCGAGUGGGAGCCUGUGGGUGUUUGCAUGGACUCUGCUUUCGUUUGCACUGCUCUGUGCCAUCCUCCGAUCGCAGUUUGCGUACAUUGCUUACGCCUGCCUGGGCACCUUGUUGUUUUCCCUGUACCUGGUGUUUGAUACCCAGCGCAUCGUGGGCGGCAAGCACAGGAAAUACGAGGUCUCUCCCGAGGAGUACAUUUAUGCCGCCCUCAGCCUCUACUUGGACAUUGUUACCUUGUUCCUCCUCUUGCUACAACUCAUCAACCUCUGUCGCUGACCCUCAGCCUCCACCACAGGCUGAAACGCCGUGUCUUGCAGGAAUCAUUCUCUGAAUUCUAACGCAGCGUGCAAGAUGAUGGGGUGCCGAAUGUAAAAGUUCAGUCACACUUUUCUAGCAGAUAUACAUUC